GUGACGUGAACCUUCUAGAGAAGAGGAAAAGCUGUAUCUAUAGGUCACUCGUGUCAAGAGGCGUUUUUUCUGUAGCUCCUUCAUCAAUUGCAACGUCAACGGCCGCCCCCCCAGGCCGAAGUAGGUCUUGCGGACUGUGGGGUAGCGAACACCCCGACAUCGAGGGGCGACGUUCAGUGCCGAAGAAACAGCUGCUGCAGGAGCUGAAGUCGAGGUUGAAAGCAGUAGUGACAGUCGUGCCCGCAUCUCCUCCUUUAUCUUCGUCAGAAGUGCGAGGGUCCUACAACGAACUCGUAGCUCAGGCACGGCGACAACGGAGCGCGGGCGGCACUCUUCGCUUAGCGGACAGCACGACCACGGCUGCUCAUUCUACUCUUCAACCUGCACCAGCACCACCUCCAACGAACUAAUUCAGCAAGCUGUUUUGCUGAAAAGAAGGGUGGUCGGAAAGUCAUCCGAGUUUUCCGUAGAAGAUUCUUGACCGCGGCCACCGCAUCAUCAGACCACUACAACUGCUGGUGGAGCUUCAACUGGAUCAUAGUUGCACGAACGGAGUAGAACAAGAACGCUUCCUCGCAGCGCCAGUAGAGCUCGCACUUCCUCUUGCAGCGCUUUAGUCGUCGGGGUAGUUGUGUCGCGUGACCGGACAUAGAGCAACAGGUUGCACCGGUUCAGCAGGCGGAGAACAAAUAGCUACGGACACGUGCUGGCUUCGCUUUUCAGCGAGAAAGGCGCGAGGUGGGACGAAGAAGUAGAAAAAUACCACACUGCUGCUCAUUUUCCCACUCGUGUUGCCUUUGCAACAUCCUUAGUGCGCAGGGCGAGAAUUGGUUGCCGGGUCGCAUUUUUUCACCAGAGUCGUUACCCGCACCGUUCGUGACGCAUCCAGGAAGAUCUCUGCUUUCUACUGGCCGCACAACUGAGCAGAGGAAAUAAGCGAAGACAAGUACGGUUGCCACGGCGAACAACGAAAUCGAGGCGGUUGAGCAAGAGCGCAAGCUUGGUCCAGAAUUGCCGUGUCACCACGUUGUUCAACUCUAAAACGUGAAGCCAAAACAAAGUGUAACGACGACUACCGCAGUGGGGAGCACAUACAGACCGCACUCGGCUGCUUCUAAUUCCCCGUUUUCUACUAGACCUAGUUGGGAGGUGGAACCACAUCAACUGAAAACGACAGGAUCGAUCACCGGGAAGACCGAACAAGCGAGAGCCUUUAGUACUACCUCGCUGUCGUGUCAAACUUCCCUGUAAGUACCUGCAAGAGGUGUAGCUGCAGCAGCGCAGCAGUCCACCCUGGUUGGAUCUCGUCCCGCCGCACCAGAGUCGGGAACUUCUGUACACUACAGACUACCACUGCAAGUGCGACGUCAUCGCGGCUAAUCGAUCCAGUCACGAGCGGAGGCUAACUAAAACACAGGAGCGUUGAAGCAUAACCUGUUCCGCUUCUUCACCCAGGAGAAGCAAGAAUGGCGACGCGCACAAUAGUGAAGGAGACCCGGUCGCUUGACCACAUCUACGACCCCGUACACACAACUUCCGCGCCCGCGGAUCACAACAAACUCACGGCCAGGGCACUGGCAGUGCAGUUCGAGAAGGUUCUACGGGACCUGCGUUUUUUUUUGUGAUAUUUUUAAAAUUCAAUUGAGUUGCAUUGCCAUUCAUUAACACUUGCACAUGACACAUUGCCAUUACAACGUACCUUCGAAAAAUAUCAGGUUCCUGAAGCUGCGCACUACUUUUCCGAAUUGAAGAAUUACCCGAGUGCGACUCUACGACCAGGAAAAGCACGAGACAGCUUCUUACCAAGAUAUGUGGACCCAAAUUGGGUAUAGAAGCUUUGAGUUGCUGCACGAGUAGGGGGAGUUUUUCAUCUUCCUUGUUUUUUGUUGUGUCGAAUGGUGAGCAGAUGCAGAUGCUGGUUAUGCGACAGCACUUUUGUCAAAAUUUGAGACGGGGAUGUAAUGCUAACCGUAGUUUGAUAUUGAUAUAUAAUCAGGCCCCCCGGCUCGACCCGGAUGCCAACGCCACGCACGUCUUCGGGUCCGAGCGAUUCAAAUACGACAAGCGACCACUCGUCAAGAUGGGCGCAUUUAAUCCCGGAACGGGGCCGCAGCUUGUCAUGUACCGCAACAUCGCUUUUUCUGUUGCUGUUGCUAAUCUAUUGUGCUAUUUGUUCGUCUCAUGCUGCUCAUCCGGAUCUGCGAUGCAAACAUUACUAGGGCAGUGGGGUGAUCCUUUUCUGUCCCAUGACUUUUCAGGUAUGACAUCCAGAAGGGCGGGAUGAUGUCGAAGCAGGGCACCAUGCGGGGCAACAUGACGAUGGGCACGGUCAUGCAUCACGGGGCCACCAGAACAGUCGGAACGCAGUCGAUGUACCGAGAAUCAGAAGCGCAGACGACCCCGUAUACACCAGAUUUCGUCGCGCAGGACAACCCGGAGGUGUUGACGUUGAGAAAUUUAACCUACGACAACGGCCUGCCCGCGUCGCUCUUCGAAGUGAAAAUCAUCGAAAGGACACGACAAAAGCGCCUGUUCGAGCAGAUGCUGCCCCCAGCGACGGACGAAUUUAGUUUGAACGUAAUUACUUAUUCACUGCUGCGAUGAGUAUGAGUUUCAGGAAAGAUGAUUUUGAUUCGCUCAUAAGGCAGAUCCACAUGGCAGGUAUGUUAUGCUGCAUAGCAAAAUAACAUUCUAUCUUGCGCGAUAAUUUGCUUUCGAUGCAAGACCAAGACAAAUUAAAUUUUUAGGUCCGCGCCCAGCUUCUGGAGCAGCAGGAGUUCAAGGAAUGGGCCGAAAGGGAAAGGCAAAUCAUCCGACUGCAGGAAAGGAGGUUAGAACUCGUCAAACAGCUAUUAGCAGAGCGGGAAGUCAAGAGACAGGUGGGUGCCUUUUUGGUUUAUUUGUCGUGUUUCUCCAGGCCUGAUCCUGAUGAAGAUUUGCAUACAGCUUGCUUGUGAAGAGUGUUUUCUUGAUCUCGAUGGUGCGCAGAAUGAUUAUGAUAUAACAAACCUCAACUACAACCACGCCAACUACAGUCCCGCAACGAAGCGAAAGUGGAGCGGCUCCGCGUGAAGAAGGCGGAAGAGAAGGACCGACUCUUCGCCGGGACGCAAUACAGGAAAAUAAAGCUUCUCCGGAAGAUGUAUACCGCUAUGGCUAGGAAUCAGCGGCCGGAGCACAUCGGGGAAACGGUAGCGAGGUAUCAGGAUAAAGGCAGCACAACCUACGCACCCCUAAUGCGGAACGGCCACAAACCAGACUCAAAUACCGCGAAGAUUGAGGUAAGAAGCGAUAAUGUUUUUGUCGAAGUAUUUUUCAUCUAGGUGGAUUCGAUUGUGAAUGAGAUCUACACUAAUAAGAUGACGAGUAUAUAAAGUAGAGAGCCACAAAUUGAAAUUACAUUUACACAUACAGAUUCAGCCCUCAGACCUGAAGUCUUACUCCAAGCUGCUCCAGCUGGAGCGGACCAUGCCCGCGAGUGUAUUGCUACCGCCAGACGUGCACCAGGAAGCACUUAUAUCCGAGACAAAGAGACAAGACCUCCCCGUGGUCGCUGCGCUUAACGAGGCGAUGGCGCAAAUUUCGGCGCAGUCGCCGGACAUACAUCUCGGGGAGAGUACUUGUUUUACUUACUGAUCAUGAUUCAAGUUUUUCGGAAACACGAGACUGUCGUGUUUCCAAAACAAAAGCGCAGGACACCAAUUCAAGAUCUGAAGUUUCAACUGCUGGUACCAAUUCAAGAGCUAAGAACUUAUUUUGCAGAUGCGAUGGAAAAAGCAUUGGAAUUCCAUGCAAGAAUAAAAAUCAAAACUCAUCAGCCGUCUACAACAAAUCCGCUAUUGACUCAACGGCAAAGAGCCCGAAGAGAAAAGCUAAAGAGACCGCGGUCAUUGAAGAGGCGCCGCCAGAGGAUGAGGAAAAAGCACAAGCGAUUCUCCUGCUUCAAAGGGUGUUGCGCGGACGAGCAAUACAAAAUAGGAUGUUUGAAGGUAUUCUUAUAAAUUGUGUUUUCUGUAGAAAUCUGGUGCGUUGGUUAGGUUGCGUGGAACAACGCGUUAAGUAACAAGAUCGAUACGGAUAUCUGCAGAAUCCCAAAGCCACAAAAAUGAUAAACGCAAACCAGGUAAGGAGAAGAGGCUAGACCUCAUCGAGGAGCUCCGCGCCAGCGAACAGCUGAUGCAGUCCGCCGGCGAGGAAGACAAGGCUGCUGUGGAGAAGCUGCAACAACAGAUUCUCGCAGAAGAGGAGCAGGACACGUUUGUCGGCAGCGUCGUUUCCAAAGCGCUGGACGAUUUGUCAAAGGAGCUAGAGCGGUAUAGAGAACAAGGCGAAAUGUUUGCUAUAAUCAAAAUAAAUGAAUUUCUGAUGCAUCUUCACAAUGUCAAUGCAUCGCACUUACUUUACAGAUGUUGGAAGAAUUCAUCUUCAUGCUGUCGUGCUACCAUCACUUUGGAUUUUCAUUUAUCAUCAUCCCAGGGUCCAGGAAAUGCGCAGAAUAGACGCUAUGAUGAAGCUCGCCGAACGCGAGCGCCGCAUGCGACAAGCCGCCGAGGGUGGGCGAAGGCAGGCGGAAGAGAGGCUGAGAGCAAGAGAGGACGAAGUGUUCAGACAAGUCAUGAAGGAUGCGCACCAGGUACAGUUUGUGGAUGAGUCAAUUUAUUUCAUUGGCCACCCAUUUUUAAGUAAUUUUAUUUCCAUGAGGAUUAGGAUGUUGGGUAUUUCAACACAACGCAAAUAAAUGCUCACUUCGGUCUGUCUAUCAUGCAUAGCGCGCUGUAAUGACGUCUAUUGCACUCAAACAUACAAACAGGGAACGGUCGACACUUACCUAGAGGAAAUCCUCACUUCCUGCGUCGAAGCAAGCGCAAAGGAGCGCGCUCUCGCGGAGGCCAAAGCACAAGCGGAAAGGAUUAACAGCGUCGUGGACGGUCUCGAGAAGGCGGGUGACGACGAAGGUUGCGUCAAAGAACUCGUCGAGUCCCUGGUCAUUCCCCACGCGGAAAGGGAGCUGCUCCAGCGCCGGAUCACCAUCGAGUCCAAGCGGUUUAUCGACGCGGCACGCGGGGCGCUGGACUCCACGCUUGGCGAGGUCGAAAACACGCUGCGCGAGGACGGGAGCAUCCAGUAAAAACGAAAUGCUCAGGUGAGUAGCGUGGUUCUGGUGUCGUGUGCUAUGUUUUUGAAAUUAAAUGGCAGACCUAGACUGUGAACUACCAAGCACGAUUUCGUGGUCUUGUCCCACUUGUCGAUUUACUAGCAACAGUUUCCAAAGAACGCAAACCUAGUGCAAAGGUACAGAAUGAGGGCUGUGGUUACCAGCCACAGUUUUUCAUCACCUGACUAGACCGAGAUAGAAGUAGAAAAUCAAAAGUCAAGAAAUAAACCACAGUGAAUAUUACGUUUGAUAGCAACUACGUUAUCGCACAACUUUUGAAUUGAUAGCAAUAUUGUGUCGAGGUCUUCGAUUUGAUUGAUAGCUUAAAACCAAAUUUAACUCAGAACGGAUAAACUACUAAAACCUGUAACAACAGACUGUUAACUCAAUAGCUUUACGAGAGCAGCAGGUGGACGCCUACGAUGGAUUCGCUAAACGUGUUAUCAUGAUAGCAACAAGAUCCAUUGUAGUUCUCGGUAGCUGCAACUCGAACAGAUUUUAUUUGAUUGUGAUACGAUACGCAAAGCAGACUUCUGCGAAAGGAGCCUCGUAAACCGAUUGGAGCGAAUGACAGAAUAGCACUGUACUUAAACACCUCCUGUAUAAUAGCAGCCUGGAAGAGAGUCGUAUCAGCUGAAGCUAAGAAAAAUGAAAGGUAAAAACCAAUUUUGUAAGGAGCAAGCCACUAGAUUCCGAAGAG